UCGCUGCGUAAAGUCUCCUCCCCGCGACCGCUACAUUCUGCGCCGAAACCCAGUCUCUCCCGGUCCGUAUUUUAGCUUCUUCCCACAGACCUAGUGGUACCUCGUUGGGUACCGGGAGACAGUUUGGAUUACUGGCAUCACGGAUUGAGUGCGAUUUUACGCGGAUGACGACUCCUUCAACGAGAAUUUAGUAAAAGAAAAUUGGUCGGAAAUUUCAGAAUAUGUGGAGGGGACCAUAAUUUCAGCAUCCUGGAAGUAGAAAGCACAGAAGAUCUGUGUCUCACACCACAGACAGGUGCAGUGUGUAGCCGGGGCAGCACAGAGGAAGGACGCUCUGGGGAGGAGGCGGUGCGGCAGCGUGCCCCUCCGGCUGUGGAUGUGCUGGGUGGCAACCCCCAGGCUGCACAGAAUGUGGCUGGGGAGUCACGUCAGCAUGCCCCGCAGCCGGUUGCAGCUGCCCCCCGCCCAGUACCUCCGCUCACCAAUCCGUCCACUGUGCCAUUGCCGGAGAGCAACAACUCAGCAUUCCUCGGCAUGGAGAACGCCCCUCCAACCACCUUGCCUGAGACUCUACCGAUCGGCCGAGACUCUAAGGAAGUCCCCUCCAAGGAGGCCGUUCCCGAAGUUGUCCAAGUUUCAAGAUCCUUGCCAACAUCCCUCAAUGAGGACUGUAGUUCCUCGACUGAGAUGCAAAGGCUUCCAGCUCCCUUUUGUCCACCUCUCACCCCAGAUGCACAGAUUGACAGCACAGUGCAAGAGUUGCAAUACGGGUCACAAACUGAUAAAGAGAAAAGCCACUCACAUAGUCAGACAAACCAGAUUCAGCCACCUAGAGAAGGUGCUGGACUUGUGGUUAUUACAGGGACAAAGGAGAACGAGUCCGUCAUGUUGGAAUAUAAACCAGAGACUGGAACAAACAUGGAACUGGGUGGAAAAGAGCACACGGGCGGAAAUAUUCUCCCUAAACCUCAAUAUCAAAUCUGUUUCACAGCCUCAUCUCCAUCUGUCCCACAAUCAAGCGUUGGUUUUAAAGUCCAAGUCACCACAGAACACGGGGCUGUGGAGCAGUCUGACAGGGAUCUGCUUGUCCACGCAAAUCAAGGCAGCCCUAUACCUCCGGCAGGUGCUGCGGAGCAGGCAGUUGGUCACCAGGACUCAAAAUGGUCUGAGCUCCCUUUACCCUCAUCUGACAACAGCGACAUUAAACAAACUGACCUGUCGAAAACACACCCUAAAAUCAUCACAGAGAUCUCAAAUGAGGCUAGAGAAAUACAGAAAGCAAAUUCUUUGGAAUCAGUUGAGAUGUUUGAGCAUGUUAAAGAGCUUGUUGACACUUCUCACAAAGAAACACAACCUCCUUCAGCUGAAAUACUUGAGACCCCAAAGGCAAGAGGAUCGCUUCCUGGAUUAUGCUCUUCUCCUGGAAAAGGAGGCUCGGUGUCCAGCAGCGCAGCAUACAGAGACGACGGCGCCAUCAACAGGGGCUGCAAUCCCCCUGAAGGAGAGCAGGUAGAGAGUAGCGAGAGAGAAAAACAAACUGACAUGCCCACUUCCUCAUCUGACUUAACAAUGCUGCCCGAGUGCUCUUCCACACAAGAGAGUUUCUCAAAACCCCCUGCUGCACCCCCUCUGUUUGACACAGGCCUAGUUGUCUCAGUGCAGACGGAGCAGGUUGUUGAAGCAGAAACAUCUCAUCCCUCUGACCAAGUCCCCACAACAGAGACACCCCUGACUGCUGAGCUUGUGCAUUCAGCCGAUGCUCAAGAAAUUGUGGUUGUCAGAGAGGAGGCUCAUAUCAGUGGGGACUGGUCUAGCAUGCACCUGAAUCAGAGUUACCUCCUGCAACGAGAAGACGGCAGCGUCUGUGAAGCUGCCAUCGUAAACGAGCUGGGUUCUGAACUCACUACUGGAGACCAAAGUGUUCAGGCAGAUAUUGAGUUACACUCACAACCUGUGGAAGUGUACGAGUUUUGCGGCCUGGUUGAGGAGGUUGCUGAGGAAACGGUCUGUGCUGGUAGUAGCGCACAGAUGCCUCACUCUCCGGGAUACGAGGUGAAUUUAUUCAACGCGCUACUAGACAACACUGACGAGUACACUGUCAAAGAGGACCCAGAGUCGCAACUUGAACCAUCAAUUCACACAAUUAAUGAAGGUGACACUGUCAUUAUUUCCCAGCAGCCCUUGCUUUCAUCACAUGAUGCACAUAAAAUACAGGCUUGCUCCAACAAUUCCCAUAAUUUGUCCAUACAAAACACAAGAGUGGCGUCUGUCGGACAGCAUUUGGUAUUAGAUGCUAACCAAGCUGUUGAAGUGGCUAACUCGAGUGAGGUUUGUUUAGUUGAAGUAGCUGCUGUUACAUCUGAGUCAUUCGGUGUUGAACAGACAGACUCCAGUCUACAAAUUGUGACACCUUGCUCACAGGCCAAUGCAGCAGUCUCGGACCAAACAGUUGUGAGUGAUUCUCCUGAGAUUCACAUAGUUCGCCACAAACAGGAAGCAGAAGCAACAGCUGGUACUUUAUCUCUAAUAUCCCCAGUGGUUGCUGGUGAGAACAUUGGGAUGGAAUCAUCUGUUGCUGUUUCAGUACACGUCUCUCAUGUAGAAAAUCAGACCCCAGGAGUCACUGUUGUAAGUGCCACAAAGCCUGCUUUGACAGGGACUCCAUUGCAGAGUAUUCAGAAUGUCACUGUGUCCACAGAAACCAAACCAGUGGCUUUCUGCACCACUCACUCCUCUGGUAUUAUAAAUCCAAAGCUGCUCCUUCUUAAACCGGGAGAAACUCCUCUCCUUAAACACCCACCCUCCCUUUUGGCACAGGUGUCCAAUCAACUGAAUGCGACCGGCAAGCUGGCCAAUGCCUGCAGCUCUCUGUCUGGCACAGUGUCUGAGCAGUGCCUUCCCCAAACUCAGACGCAGUGCUCUGUCAAUAAAACUUGUGUGACAGCAGCGCCGCCUGUCAAGAUACAGCAGCCUACUAUGAGCGGUAACAUCUCGCUUCAGCUUGACCAGACUGCAUCUGUCACCCCCACAACUUCAACAAGUAAAUCUGACAAAGAGGCCUUAACUGUUACUAAAACGUCAACAAGUGCAGCAGAUUCUGCGUCCCAAGAUGUUGGCACCCCUACAGAUGCCACUCCACCCACUACGCCUAACGCCCUUUACAUGCUCACCGCAUCAGUGGAAAGGGAAGGUACGGUCAUGGCAUCCACCAGUCCUAAUAACCCGGGCAGCCAAGCUGACUCCCUGUAUGUGGAGGAAGAGAGUGAGGACAUGGAGCAGGACGAACCAAUGGGAGAAACCGAGGCUCAGGAGGACAAUUCAGGACAGGUUAGCAGUCCAGAGGAAGGCAGUGAUGAAGAACCGGAUGCAGACAAAACAGAAAACGAGAUGACCACCCCCAGCUCACCACACAAGCAUGGACAGAGCAGGACAGACAAAAAGGCACUGUUCCUUAAGGUACGCCAGUGGAUAGCAGACAGGGUCACAGUGAAUUCAUCUCCUGUCUCACCCUCCACUUCCUCUUCUUACCCUGGUCCCUCACCCACCAGUGACUGGUCUACCCCACGGCGGGAGAAGUCCUCACCUCUUCGGGGUCCUCAUGGGAAGUUUGUUUCUCCUUCGUCUGUUGGUGGCUACAAUUCCUCCUCUUCGCCACCAGAUCACGCCACCCCUCAGCGACCCCGUGGAGAGCGUCACACAGACAUGGCAGAGCUGGCUAAACAUGAAGCGGACAUCGAGCAUCGAACCCAGUCACUGAAGCGAGAGGGCUUCUGGUCAAUGAAGCGCCUCACCCGCCUGACAGAGCCGCCACGACCGAAAGUUCACUGGGAAUACCUGUGUGAGGAGAUGCAGUGGCUCUCUGCUGACUUCGCUCAAGAGAGGCGUUGGAAGAGAGGGGUGGCUAGAAAGGUGGUACGGAUGGUGAUGCGACACCAUGAGGACCUGAGGCAAAAAGAAGAAAAAGCCAAGAGGGAUGAGCACGCUAAAAUCAGAAGAGUGGCCUCUUCCAUUGCAAAGGAAGUCCGGGCUUUCUGGAGCAGUGUCGAGAAGGUGGUUCAGUACAAGCAGCAGUCUAGACUGGAGGAAAAGAGGAAGAAGGCUUUGGACCUUCAGCUGGACUUCAUUGUUGGCCAGACGGAGAAAUACUCGGACCUCCUCAGCAAGUCUCUCGCACCCACCAGGCCUCCUGAAACUGUCCUUCUGACUCCCAAAAAAUCUCCACUACCUCCUGUUGAUGAGGAUGACAGAGACUUUGAGCCUCCUUGUGAAGAGGAGGAUGAUGAGGAGACCAUAGAGGUGGAGGAGCAGCAGGAGGGAAAUGAUGCGGAGAGCCAUCGGCGGGAGAUCGAAUUACUGAAGGAGGAGGGCAUGUUGCCCCUGGACCAAUUACUGAGCACCCUCAAACUGCCACAGGAGACGGGCUCAGACGGAGAGUGCUCGGAUGAAACUUCUUCAUCGGUUGAGGAGGAAGAAGAUGGUGAAUUCACUGCCAAUGAAGAAGAUGCUGAGGAUGAGGAGGACACCAUAGCGGACCAGGAGAAGGUAGAAGGAAAUAUAGAUCACGCAGAGGAACUGGAUGACUUGGCCAAAGAAGGCAAUAUGAGUGUUGAGGAGCUGCUGGAGAAGUACAAAGGAGCAUAUGCCUCAGACUUUGAGGCUCCAUCUGCAUCUGGCUCUAAAGGAAGCUCUGAUUCGGAGGUGUCUGGGGAUGAGGAGGAGGAGACUGAAGAAGAUGAGAGUGAUGCAGAAAGCAACUCUUCCUCCUCAGAUUCAGCAGGAGACAGUGCAGAAGAUGAUGAGAGUGAGAAGGACGAAGAGGAGAGUGAGGAAGAAGAUGGCGGCGAUGGCUGUGGAGAUGAAGGGAUGGAGGUCUUGCUAAAAGAGGGAGACAACAGCCCACCUUCCACUAGCUCGCGGCCAAAGAAAGAGAUCAGCCAUAUUGCUGCUACUGCAGAGAGCCUGCAGCCUAAAGGCUACACGUUGGCUACUACAAAGGUCAAGACCCCCAUCCCCUUCCUGCUUCAUGGCACGCUACGGGAAUACCAGCACAUUGGACUCGACUGGUUGGUCACCAUGUACGAGAAAAAGCUCAAUGGCAUUCUAGCUGAUGAGAUGGGUCUGGGCAAGACCAUCCAGACCAUCGCUCUGCUAGCUCACCUUGCCUGUGAAAAAGGAAACUGGGGGCCUCACCUUAUCAUCGUCCCCACCAGUGUGAUGUUGAACUGGGAGAUGGAGCUAAAACGCUGGUGUCCCGGGUUUAAAAUCCUCACCUACUUUGGCAGCCAAAAGGAGAGAAAGCUAAAGAGACAGGGCUGGACGAAGCCUAAUGCUUUCCAUGUGUGCAUCACUUCGUACAAGUUGGUUCUUCAGGAUCACCAGGCGUUCCGGCGAAAGUCUUGGCGGUACCUGAUCCUAGACGAGGCACAAAACAUCAAGAACUUCAAGUCCCAGCGCUGGCAGAGCCUGCUGAACUUCAACAGCCACCGGCGCCUGCUGCUGACAGGAACUCCUCUCCAGAACAGCCUGAUGGAGCUGUGGUCUCUGAUGCACUUCCUCAUGCCCCACGUCUUCCAGUCCCACCGCGAGUUCAAAGAAUGGUUCUCUAACCCGCUGACGGGGAUGAUCGAGGGCAGUCAGGAGUACAACGAAGGCCUGGUCAAGAGGCUCCACAAGGUGCUGAGACCAUUCCUGCUCAGGAGGAUCAAGAUUGACGUGGAGAAGCAGAUGCCCAAGAAAUACGAGCAUGUGGUGCGCUGUCGGCUCUCCAAGAGACAACGAUUUCUCUACGAUGACUUCAUGGCGCAGGCCUCGACCCGGGAAACGCUGGCCAGCGGUCACUUCAUGUCUGUGAUUAACAUCCUAAUGCAGCUCCGCAAAGUUUGCAACCACCCCAACCUGUUUGACCCUCGACCCAUCCAGUCUCCCUUCAUCACGCAGCCCAUUAUUUUCCAUACAGCCUCCCUGGUGCAGGACGCUCUGGAGGUCUCUCCUUUGAAGCGCUGCGACCUUUCUAUGUUUGACCUUGUUGGUUUGGAGAGCCGUGUGUCCCGCUACCAGGCAGAUGUCUUCCUGCCGCGUCACAAGGUCAGCCGCCAACUAAUCCAGGAGAUCCUUGAGUCCCCCGAACCGCCUCCGAGACCCAGACCAGUCCGCAUGAAAGUCAACAGGAUGUUCCAGCCGCCUCCGAAAGGUGAUAAUCGACCUGUCCUACUGAUGAACAAACCUACCUGCUCCGUGCCCCCAGCAGCACAAACCCCCAAAACUCCUCCAGUCACUGAAGUUACCUCAACUCCUGCACCUGCUCCUGUAGUUCAACAAGUGGUGUGUUCAGUUACAACUGCACCCCCGCCUCGUACGUCCAUGCAUCUUACUGCUCAAACAGCAGUGAGAUCCAGCGCCCCAAAGCCAGUGCUAACCGUACGGCCUCCCACUGCUUCCUGCACAGCGAGCGUACCAACUCAUCCGAGUUCACCCGCCGGCAGCGUCAUGCCCCAGAGGGUCCUGCUCAGUCCAGAUAUGCAGGCUAGGCUGCCUUCUGGUGAGGUAGUGAGCAUUGCCCAGCUUGCCUCCUUGGCAGGGCGACCUAUGUCGUCAUGUCAAGGCAGUAAACCCGUCACCUUCCAGCUUCAGGGCAACAAACUCACUCUGUCUGGUGCCCAGAUUCACCAAGUCCCAGCAGCUCCUGCACGCCCAGUGCAAGGUAAUGUGAUGCAUCUGGUGUCCAGUGGGGUGCAGCACCACCUCAUCAGCCAGCCUGCCCAGGUGGCUGUCCAGACCACAGCAAACACGCAUCCUGCCAGCACCUCUACUGCCAUCCCUGCAAAUCGGCUGCCUCAUAAUGUCUCCCCUCAAGUGACCCCCUCCAUGGUGAGCAGCCCCGGUGUUGUGAAGAUCGUUGUGCGUCAGACAACAGGCAAGGAGGGCGGACCUGUGCCCACAUUGGCAGUGGCCCCUUCCCCUCGUGUUGCUCCUCAGGCAUCCCCUUCCCCCCACGCCAACCCAACCCCCCUCAGAAACACUGCUCCACUGCAAAUUGUCCAGCGCACCCCUGGUCCUGCUACUGCCCACUACACCAUAGCUCCUCCUGGAAAUCCUAGCUCAACCCCGAACCAGCCCCACCCCCCUCGUCCAGUCCUCAAAGUAGUGCAGCCUCCUCCAUCGAGCACAGAGCAGCCAGCUCCAGUUCAGGUGACGACCUCGUGCUCUGCGUCCAAGUCUUCAGCAGCCCCACGGGACAAUAACGGCAGCGGUCAAACACCUGUUACCACAAAAUCAAGGCUCAGUACAGGGGCAAAAGCUUACCCUCCACCCAGGAGAGUGCCUCGUCCCCCUCCCCGCUCUCCUUUCUACAUGUCAUGGCUGGCAGAUAAGCAUAAACAGCAGCGCGACAGCCAACUGGACUUCAUCAUUCGAGUCAACGAGCACCGGUGUGCUGCAAAGCCCAUGUAUGGCAGAGAGGUUUUGGACUUCCUGACUUUUCUCCCUGGUCCCCGUCCCUCGCCAGCUGCCCCGAGUCCUCAAGGGGAGUGGGGCCGCUCGGGCCAAAGCAGCUUACUGUACGCACAGUGGCAAAACAAAUACGACCACUGGUUUCAGAGUCGUGCUGUGAGAGAGGCCGUCAGUAGCAUUGAGGAGAGGCUGGAGCUGCUCAGUGACAUUGUAGACAGAUUUACAUUUGCGAUUCCUCCAGUGGAGGCUCCUCCAAUCUCCAUGCACUGCUGCCACCCUCCUCCCUCUCUGAGCCACAAGCAGGCAGUCUUCUCCUCCAUGCUAGCAACUCAAGUCGCUCCGCUUACUCGCAGUCUCCAUCGUAUCCAAUGUAACAUGAGGACCCAGUUCCCGGACCUGAGGCUCAUACAGUAUGAUUGUGGUAAGCUGCAGACGCUCCACACGUUGCUGCGAAAGCUGAAGACAGGAGGCCAUAGAGUGCUGAUCUUCACUCAGAUGACGCGAAUGUUAGAUGUGCUGGAGCAGUUCCUUAACUACCACGGACACAUCUACCUCCGUCUGGAUGGCAGCACCCGCGUGGAGCAGAGACAAGCUCUCAUGGAGCGUUUCAAUGCAGAUCGCCGUAUUUUCUGCUUCAUAUUGUCAACUCGCAGCGGAGGUGUAGGGGUCAACCUGACGGGGGCCGACACAGUCGUAUUCUACGACAGCGACUGGAAUCCCACCAUGGAUGCCCAGGCACAGGACCGUUGCCACCGAAUCGGCCAGACCAGAGACGUCCACAUCUACAGGCUGAUCAGCGAGCGUACAGUGGAGGAGAACAUUUUAAAGAAAGCCAAUCAGAAGAGGAUGCUGGGAGAUAUGGCCAUUGAAGGAGGAAACUUCACCACUGCCUUCUUCAAACAGCAAACCAUCCGAGAGCUGUUUGAUAUGAAUGACGGGGAGAAGAGAGAGGCGGCAGUGGAGCUGUCAGUGCCCCAGGCUGAGGAGGAGGAAACUGUCAACAAACAGAGCACCAUCAUACUGGAGCAGGCCCUGUGUCGCGCUGAGGAUGAGGAGGACAUAGUGGCAGCCUCUCAGGCCAAAGCAGAGCAGGUGGCUGAACUUGCAGAGUUUAACGAGAACAUACCUUUGGACGAUGGAGGGGAACAAGAGGAAGUGGAGGAGCUCUCCAAGGCCGAGCAGGAAAUUGCUGCGCUGGUGGAGCAGCUCACUCCGAUUGAACGCUACGCCAUGAACUUCCUGGAAGCCUCGUUAGAAGAUGUAUGCAAAGAAGAGUUGAAGCAGGCUGAGGAGCAAGUGGAGGCUGCCAGGAAGGGCCUGGACCAGGCCAAGGAGGAGGGCCUAAAGCUCCACGCUUCAUCUGAUGACGACGACGAUGACUUUUUGUCACCACCAGCUUCUGUGGAGCCUGCUCAGCCAGCCACAGCCCGCCGUGGCCGUAAACCCAAGGACAAGGACAAGAUUGUCACCUCUACAAGGACUAGUGGUCGGCUGCGUGGGGCCUCGCCCGAAACUGAGCCUGAGCCAACGACCCCUAAAGAAGUGCCUGAAAGACCCCGCUGUGGUCUGAGAGGACGAGCUGCCAAAGACACUGAUACGGUGUCUACCACCCCGUCCCACACAGACUAUCACAAAACCUCCUCAUCAACCAGCUCUCAAGAUUCCUCCAAAUCUUCAAAAGCCUCGUCUCCUGCCAGAGAUCACCAGACCAUCAAAACCAGGACUCUGCCAAACCGCUCCCAUCCCAGUCCAGUGCCUUCCUCUCCUACAACCUCCCCCCCUGGAGGGAAACAACCAUGUGUUGGGGAGACUGACAGCAGAAACUCCAAAGCAGGCAGAGAGGAGAAAGACGGGGAGAAUGAGAGGAGGGUUUCUGAGUCAUCGCUAGAAUCCAGCUGCCCAGUGGACCAUCAGGCAAAAGAUGAUGACAGCAAAGACCACAGCGCCAUGUCUCUCCCCUCCACCAGCUCCCGAUCGCCUCGCAAGCGUCAGUCAGCAGAUGGUGAAGUCCUGCGGGGCCUGGUUGAAGACUCCCCGUCAGCUAAAGUCCUGCGGAAGCUUCCAGGGAGGCUGGUCACAGUGGUGGAGGAGAAGGAGCCAAGAAGGAGGCGGCGGCGAGGAAGCGGCACUGGAGGUGGAGGUUCUUCAGAGGAGGCAACUGUGGAGGAUACCACUGCUGUAUUUGUCGACGAACCAAACAAAGACAAUACAUCACCGGGCCCUGACUGCAUAACUAAAGGAUCUGUUACCAAAUCUCCUCAGGACCAAGACUCUACUCCUAGUCCAUCUGUGCCCCCACAGCCUGUCAGAAGUUAUCCUCCAUAUUCCCCACCCCAUCUUUCUCCUGACAUGCCUGUGCUGAGAAAUCUGCCUGUACGACGCAGGUUGGAAACUGAAUCUCGCAUGGCUGCUCAGCUGGUGGAGCAACAGCAGCAGCUGUUGGGCAAAGGAAGGGGAGGGAACCAGUCAAGAAAAACUGACAUACCACCAGGCAAGGACGCCACUUCAACCCCUAUAGAGUCCAGUGUGAAUUCUCUUGUGACACCUUUGAAAAGAAAGAGGGGCCGGCCCCCUAAGACUCCCAGUAGGUUAGCUGAGCUUGACAACACCGUGACCCCUUCCCCACAGCCCACGUCGCCAAGUGAGGAAGGGAAUCCCCCUGUCUCCCCAAAACGUAAGAGGGGUCGUCCUCGCAAAGACUCCACAAACAUGCCAGAAACUGUUAGUGAAGGACAGAACUCCAAAAAUGAGAUCACCACUACUGGUGUAUCUGGCACAUCAAAAACUGAUGCUAGCACAGAGCCAACAGUCCGAUCUCCCCUGAAGUCAGAGACCCAUAUAGCUGCUGCGGUCCCUACAUGUCAGGCCUCUCAGUCUACCAAAGCUGAGGAAACCGACACUAAGGCUGAGGUACUACCCCCAGUUUCGGCCCCUGCUCCAAAUCCACCUCAAGCCUCAACAACAACAGAUCAAACAUCUGGACCAAUCUCCGCUUCAGCCCAAGCACCCACGGCACCUGCGCCCCAGGUGACCACACCCCUCCCCGUGGCCUCCUCCACAUCAGACACAGAACAAGUAGUUAGUUCAGCCCCUGCUACUGUUCCAAGGCCAGACAAAGCAUCAACCCAGGUUUCCUCUGCAUCUUCUGUCACACUUUCCACGUCAGGCACUGUACCAGUCAGUGCUACCCACACUACCACAUCUCAAUUGCCACCCGUUGUCACUGUCGCAUCAACUCUUCCAGGUGUAAAACCAACACUUGUGGUUUCCACAGCUUCUAAAGCUCCUGUAGAGCCAAAGCCUUUAGUUUCUACAACUGUGAAAACAACAGGACCAGACUCUGCCAAAACCACCACAGCUGCUACACUAGCUGCUACCACUCCAUCCUGUGUGUCUGCCGUGGCAGUCAAAGCUGUUCCAACAUCAGUCCCUGCCACAACAGCUAUUAACUUAACAUCAGAAACAGUCAGCGGUACACCAACAGUCACCACUACAGUUAAAUCAGUCACAGCUAAAACUACAGCUGUAACGCAAGACUCUGAUUUGUCAUCUACAACAUCAACUCAAGCUACUGUAACCUCCGCUCCAGCUGCCACCCAGAAGGUUUCAGCCACAGCUACUAGCCCAGCUACAGCUUCACCAGCCUCAACGUCUUCCCCCGCUGCAGCAGCAACUAUGACAACUACAGUAAAAACCGUCCAAGCUAGUUCAUUAAACUCAACUGGUCAGGGCACAGUUCACACUGCAAGUCCAACCAUGUCUGAUAAUGCUUCUACGACACCACCACUAGUAGCAACAGCCUCAUCACCUGCUGUAAAUACAGUUGCAUCUUCUCCAGCCCAAGCAAGGAAUAAUGUGAUGACUUCCAAACCAGUCUCAACCUCACCAAAAACAACAACAACAAUUCAAGUGGCUGCACAGGCACAAGUAACAACUGUACCAGUUGCUGGCACGUCCUCAGAAAAACCUCCUGCUGCACCUUCCCUGACCUGCACUCCGACCCCAUCUAUAACAACUGUCAGUGUAACUACCACAGCCAAGGCAGAGACGGUUACAGUAACCACAUCACCCUCGACAGAAGGAGUCCAGGUAACAACCGCUGUAGCAGCAGCCCCUUCCAAAGAUCACACAACUUCAGCUCCCCCUGCCACAACUGCAGAAAAGAUCCCACCUACAGUAAUAAUUUCUACAGGUGCUACAACAGCUCCAUUACCAACAGCCACAACUACAUCUUCCCCAGGAAUGUCUGUCACAGUUUCUACCACAAAUGUUGUCACAACUCCCCAAGUAAACACUACCACAGCCACUCCUGUGUUAGUAGCGGAAGCAGCCGCAGCUGUCACAGCGAAAACGGUUCCUCCUGUGUCCACCACAAAAACCUCUGCAGUCGUUUCGCAAAGCUCUGCGUCCACAGAUGUUUCCCCAGAGCUGUCGGCAGAGGGCCCGGCAGAGGGCCCGGCAGAGGGCCCGGCAGAGGGCCCGGCAGAGGGCCCGGCAGAGGGCCCGGCAUCUGCUCCUUCUAGUGUUUCAACUGAGAAUCAUUCUUUAGAGCAAACGCAGGAAGUGUCUGCAUCAAAAAGAGAGCUGGAUAAGGUGACAGAAAUGGAAGUCGAUGCUGUGGAGGCUGAAGCUAGGACUAGCGAGGAGGAGGAGGAGGAGGACGACAUCUGUAAGUCUCAGCCUAAAAGGAGAAAGGUGGAAAGUUCCUCUGAGACCAAAGACAUUGAGUCAGGAAGGGAGGAAGCCGGUGGAGAAGCACAGUCCACAACUACGCCUCAAAAAGAAGAACCUGAGCAACAGGCAGUGGAGCAAACUACUCAAGAUCAGAAAAGGCCUCUUAGUCGCCAGAGUAGCCAGGAGUCCGCUCGCUCCUCCUCGCCAUCAUCUGGGUGCUCUACAACUACUCUCACUCGCCAUGCUCACCACAAGAGGACUUACGAGAAUAGACAUCCUGCCAAGAAGAGGCGAAUGGAUGUCACCUCAGAAGAAGGGAAGGAGGAGAAAAAAGAAGAGGGUGGGGAGAAGAAAGAGGAAGGCAGCGAGAAGGAUCUCACAGACGCUACCUCUCGGAGAAGGCGUUCCAGGGCUUCCUCUUCCUCCUCGGACUCGGACAACGGCGAGAGCAGGAAGGAGCAACGGUUGACUCGCUCAGCCAAGCACAGGGGACAAGAGCCGGAGAGGGAAAAGGGCAACAACCGGCAAGGAAAGAAACCUGCACACAGCUCUGAUAGAAAUGCAUCAAACAAUGCCAACAUAUCCACGGGUGGAGAGUCUGGCAGUGAUACUUCUUCUGUUAGGAUCACCAGGAAGUCUGCAGGAUCUCAGCCUUCACAAGACUGUAAAGCUCAGACAAACAGCGCUCCCUCCUUACCUCCUGAGCCUGAAGUUCUGGGAAAGAGGUGCUCGGCACUCAAUGCAGCAGCCAAGCUCCUAGCAAUGAAAGGCAGGGUGGAUACACCUGGCCACACCACUCGGAAAGACUCGGGGGCUAAGGCUGCUGGGACCUCUCCUGCCUCCUCUUCUGAUAAGAACCAAAAGCCUAAAAGCAAAAGUGUACCAGCCUCUCCUCAGAGUAACUCUGUAACUCUUUCUAAUAAUAAAAGCAGUGGCAGCAAGCCCUCAACACCCAAUCAGACAAGUCGCUCUGGUUCCCGCUCCACCAGACAAUGCCCCGGUUCUCUGGUUCCACCCCUGGAAAUGGAGUACAAGAGGCCCAAACCAGAGGAAAAGGAGCGGGGGAGUAGGAAGUCGUCAGGGGGAAAGGAAGGCGAGGUAGAGGCGCAGUCGUCGUCCCGGGGCCACAGCGCCUGCAGCAGCAUGAGCAGUGAUGGCGAGGGCGACGGUGGUGGACGCAGCAGCCGAAGCCGCAGCAGCAGCAACAGCAGCCAGCGUACCCACAGCAUCAGCUCUCAAAACACGGAACACAGAGAGUCCCGUGCCGCUUCCUCCGGCAGCGAGCGCAGCUCAGAGCGGGCAAAGAGCAGACACACAAAAGAGAAGCAGGGACAGCAAAGGGAGAGCCGGCAGGACAGCAGGAGGUCUCAAAAGCUCUCGCAGGAGGUGACCAGCAGUUCGGGAACAGAGGGGACGCCGGACAGGGUGCUGCGUAGUGUCGCAGCACUGGCAGCGGCGCAGGCCCGGUCACCGGCCGCAAACACCCGCUCCUCUUCUGGUCAACAUCGUCACAACAAAACAUGAUCAGAGUGCCAAAGAGAAAAACUAAAAGUGAGAGUGUUGUUGCGGAGCACGAUAAGGGAGCGUGUCACAAGCUCCAAGGUUGCUGCUUUGUCUGCACUCUAAUGAAUGCAAGGGAACUGUGUGCUGCACAAGCCAGGGACCUCCCCUGCCUCUUGGGCCCUCUCCCUUUCCAAUUAGAGCUGGUCCCCUCACCAGCUCAGCCAUUGUCAGCUGGGGGAAGGUUCAGGGAUGCCGGACUGAGAGUAAAAAAAUGUGGCGCCAUCGUUGUGCGUCCGUAAACAGACGGAGCCCAGUACAGUGGAUAGAUUCACCACUGGGACUUGAGUGGGAUAAAGGUGCAACAGGUAAUAAAGGAAGGUUGUUAGUUCACAUUAUGUACUGUAAUCAUUAAAGACUGGAAAACUCAGAUCUUAUGUGUUAAGAUGGGAUUAUACAGCACCCUCUUAUUAGGGUUAUAAAUGAAAAGUCAUUUGUGUGACAUAAAAAACUUUUGAGUGACCAGUUGUAUUGUAAGUUGGAGGUUUUAGAAAGUUUGGUUUUGAAAAUUUCGUCAGCUGUCCCUGACUAUUGUUUCUUUGUAGUCAGUUGAUAAGUUAUGCAUAUUUUAUUAUUUCUUCCAGGGUAUUAGGAAGAGAACUGAUCUGUCAAUGUGAUCUUUGCUGCACUAUGCUGGAGCUUGUCUUUGCUUGGGCCCCUUUUUUCAUGUCAGUUUCUGUUCAUUGGAUUCAUUUUUAAAUCCAGCCUUGCAUUUCUCAUUUGCACAUCUGAUAAUGUGGCCCUCGGCUUUUGAGUACAUUGUGGUGUAGUAAUACAUUUUUACAUCAACUUCAGUCAAUUAAUUGGUUCCUGGUACCUUAUGAUGUAUCUCUACAGCUCGAAAAAUGUAUUAAUUUAAGUUUGCUCCCCACCACAGACCCGGAGCAGGAAAAAUCCAAUUAGCUUUUUCCUAAUCUUCCCAAAGGCAGUUAUUGUUACGGCCCACUUUGUCUUGUAUUUAGAUAGAAAAGGCAAAGUUAUUGAAAUUUAAGAGUGCCUAUUUGGCCAAAUGGGUUUAAACCUCAGAUUGCCUUGUGAAGCACCUGAAGCAGGGGUGUCGAGCUUCUCUCGUUGUUUAAAAAAAGCCAAACAAAACACACACACAAAAAAAGAUCCUCCCCAGAAAACAAGGAAAGCACCAUGUGCGUCAGUGCUACCAAAUUGUUUUAUUUUUCACCUGAAUUUUUGUCACCAUCACUUCAUUGCUCUUCGUUCAUGUAAAAAUACUUGGACAAAAUAUGUGAAUAAAAUUACUGGUACAGUUCCAGAUGACUGUAAAUUGUCGAUUUACUUUUGGACUUGUCUAAGCUACUUUGAGCAAAUGUGGGUUGGGGUGGGGGUUGGGUUGGAUGGGUAGUUUAUGGUGAUGGUCUUAUGAUUUCUCUCUUCAUUUGUUGCAUUCCUUUGAUCCCUUGUAAUUCCACAUUGUUUUACUUGAAAAAUUAAGACAAUUACAGUUGAAUAAAAAGACCAAAAAUUA